UUUAAAAAUUAUAGAUAGUAUUAAUUUUCUUAUAUGUAAAUUAAAAUUAUUUUAAUUAAAAAAUGUAAAAUGUAAAUUAUUGUAUAUGAAAAUUUAUAAAUUUAUAAUUUAUAAUAUAUUUAAAAUUGUAUACAUUAAUAAAAAAUUAUAUAUAUAAUUUAGUUUGUAUUUGUAAGUAACUUAUGACAUAAAGUUAACCUUAAUACAUCAAAUAUCAUUGUCUAUGCUAAUCCGAAAAUUAAAAAACGAAAAAAAUUAAAUAUUGAUAAAAUGGAUGACGAAACCUUAAAUAGACUUGCAGUUGAAGCAUUAUUGGAAGAAGCAAAACUUGGAGCAAAAAGAGCAGAAAUAAUGGGUCCUAGUGGAUGGAUAAAACCAAAAGAAUGUAUUAAUAAAAGAUUUCUUCAUUCAACAUUACGGAAUGUUGUUCUUUCAAAUAAAUAUCAAUUGAAAAGAAAAAGUGAAAAGCAGUUGCGUAUACCUGAGAGUAAAUUAAAAUAAUUGAAAAUAUGAACUAAUUCUACUAUUAAUGUAUUAAAGUAAUGUAUUUAUGUAAUGUCCUUUUUUUCCUUUUAUUUAAAAUCAAACAUCCUAAUAUUAUUGAAAUUCAUUUUAUUUAGUAAACUAUUAAUUAAAUGUAAUUUUUAUUAAAUUGAAUAAAUAAAAAAAUACACUUAAUAAGUAA